AACAGAAAGGCAAGCCCCUAGAUAUUAGCUGCUUUCCUUUCCCCUGCACAAGGGGUGCUUCCUCUGCUGAAGCCUAUUCGCACAGGUCUAAUGGUUCUAGGUUAGGCCUCAUUGGAGGCUGCUUUUUCUCCGUCCUCGCAAUGCGAUUCAUGCACCGAUCGUGCUUGUAAAUUUCGAAAGUGCAAGCACCCGCAUUCUUCUUAUCUAUGUCCCUUCGGCCGAUUAGUCCAGCAGGUUAGCCCAGCCGGUUAUUCCAGCCUCCGUCUAGUCCAGCCGGUUAGUCUCCGAUGGCUUUCCGGCAGGGCGGAGCGGGCGAGUCACGGGGGGGUCCGAGUCGCCCCGAGGGUCCGCCGCGAAUAAAGGACGGCAGCUGGAUAUCCGCCGACGCCAGGAACCGGCCGUCCGCGUGGGCGUCGCAGAUGGGGCGCGCGAAGCGCCUGAAGCCGCGCAUGUGGAAGAGCGCGUUUGACUCGGAGGGGCGUCUGGUGCGCAUGCCCCAAGUGCUCAAGGCGAUUUUGGAAGGGGGAGUGGACAAGUCGAUCCGGGGCGAGGUAUGGGAGUUCCUCCUGGGCUGCUUCUCGCUGGAGUCCACUGCGGAGGAGAGGAACUACGUGCGCGAAGCCAGGAGGGAGCGCUACCAGCAGCUGCUGCUGCAGUGUCAACAGAUGCACAGAAACGUGGGCUCGGGCCACCUGGCCUUCGCUGUGGGAACCCGCAUCAUGGACGUGCGCAUCAUCCACCCUGGAAACACCCCGGGAAACUCAGGAAAUACCCCCGGAAGCAGCAGCGUCAACAACCCGUCCCCUGCCACCACGUCUCCUAGCGGGGGGGCAGGGGGAAGUGGCGGGCGGGGGAGAGGGGGGGGCGGGAGCAGCAGCAGAAGCAACACCCCCCCUGAUCGGAGCGUGCUAGGGGGAGCAGGGGCUAGGAGUUCAGCAAGUGGGGGCAGCAGUGACUUGCGCUACCCCUCAAGACAAUACUCUGAGAGAGGGUCUGCUGGAAGCUCUACUCAGCUUAGGCUAGACCAGUUGAUAGAGGAGGGCGGGCCUAGGCUUAGCUCCUUCUCUUCCUUCUCUUUUAGUUGUGACGUUGAUGAGGAGGACGAGGAGGAUUUGGAGGAGGAAGGGGAGGAGGGGGACGGGGAGGGUGAGGGGCAGGAGGGGGUGAGGGAUACUGACGAGGAGGAAGAGGAGGAGGAGGAGGGGGGAGAGCGGGGAGAGGGGGAGGGACGGCGAGGGGGUGGCGGAGAGAAGGGGGAGGGCGUGGAGGGGGAGAUAGGGGUUAGGGAUAGUCCAAGGGGAAAGAGAGCUGUUAAAGACGAAGGGGUGGGGGAGAGGGAGGCGAGGGAGAGGAGAAGGGCCGAAAGCAGACGACGGAGCGAGGAGCAUCAGAGGAAGGCUGGGGGGGGCGCAGCUGAGCAGAAGGUGCGGUGGACGAGGCUGCUGCAGGGAGUGGUGAAGGACAUCAAGAAGAAGGAGAGCAAGUCAGUGCUGCUCGCCUCUAGCUCCUCUGUAGAUAGCCCUACCGGUGCUUCCGGCCCUUCUGGCCCUUUAGGACUUUCAAGCUCGUCCUCCCACCCGUCCUCGUCCACUGCCCUCUACCACCGGCCACAGGACCACCACCGGUACUCAGACUCCCAUAAGGCUCUGGAUGUGCCACUUGCGAAGAGCUUCAGUAGCAGUUUGCCUGCAACAGGGGGGAUGGGGAAGCUGGCUCGCCCAUGGAUAGGAGGCGGAGGGGGAGGAGGAGUGGGGGGAGGGGGAGGGAGGGUAGGCACAAGGAGAAGGCUGCGGAAGGUGCUGAGUGCGGAUUGGGGGAGCACGUCACUGGACGAGCUGCUGGGCGGCAAGGGCUUGGCUGCUAGCGCCAGCACCAACCUCCCUGCUUCGACCACCCACCCAACCCCUCCCCCUGGGCCUUUCCCUGCUGGGCACGCUGCUGGUUUAACCGGUUCCGGUGCUUCUGGCCCUGCCUCUUCUUCUGCCCGUUCGCACGCCUCCACUCCCCCCCUCAGCACCUCAUCUGCAGCUGCAUCCCCCUCCCCUCCUCCGCCCUCCUCCCGCCCUCCUCCUCCCUCCUCACCCACCGGCCCGACAGCGCUGGCUCCUCGUCCUCCUCUCGUCGCUCCCAGAGGAACAGGGGCAGCAGCAGUGCCAUCUCCAUCAACAGCUGCUGCUGCUGCAGGUUUUAUGGGGGCAGCAGGAGCAGCAGGAAUGGCAGUAGGAGUGGAGUUAGAUACAGGAGCAGCGGUGGGGGGGGCACAAGAGGAGGUUGAGGGUCCGAGCACGCCGAGAGGCAUGGGAGAGAGUAGAGCAGCAGGCCGAACAGGGGAAGGCAGAGGAGGAGGGGAGUCUGGGGGUCCAGAUGGGGAGGAGAGCGGUGGGGAUGGGAAGGGAAGCAUGGAGCGAGGAACAGGAGGAGAAGGAGGGGGAGCAGGGAAAGGAUUGGAAGGGAGUGCAGGUGGAGGCAUGAACACGAGCACGAGCAUUGGUGGCAUCAGCGGCAGCAGCAGCCAGGCGGCGGAUCAGAGGCAGAGCAUUCUGCAGGCGUACAUGCAGAGGAAGAGCUUCAAUGGGAAGAACCCCACUGCUGAGCAGGUGUGGGCGUGGAUCCUCGGGCAUGAUGACGAGGAUGAGGGGGAAGGGGGGGGAGGGGGGAGAGAGGGAAGGGAGGGGAGGAGGAGGAGCGGGA